UUAUGCCGUUGCAUCAGUUCGCUUGGAGUGCUCGUCCGCGCAUUUUUAAAGUGAGGGUGGUUCUUAUGACUCUUUGCUUAUGAGUCUUCUAAAAGAAAGAAGUGAAGUUAAUGUUUGAUUUGAAGCUGGAAGGCAAUCGCUAUACGCAAAAGUAGAGACUGAAUGCUAAGGCAAAACGAUGAUUAGGCGCAUAUUGUUAUUUCUAUUAGUGUCGAUUUGUAGUGGCGUCACCGUUGUGAGCGCUGGCGGCUUUCCAAAUUAUCAUGCGCAUUUCGAUUUUAUCGCGUGGGAUAAGCAUAGCGCUGCGGCGAAGGUGAAUGCUUCGCAGGAGUGGUGGCAAUCGGCGGCGCUCUAUCAAAUCUACCCAAGGUCAUUUAAAGACAGCAACGGCGAUGGGGUGGGUGAUCUGAAGGGCAUCGCAGAGCAGCUACCCUACCUUAAAGAGAUCGGUAUUGCCGCGACAUGGAUAUCUCCUAUCUAUAAAUCGCCUAUGGCGGAUUUUGGUUAUGAUGUCGCCAAUUUUACCGACAUUGAUCCGAUAUUCGGUACACUCGACGAUUUUGAUGCGUUGAUCGCCAAAUCACGUGAAGUUGGUGUGAAAAUAAUAUUGGACUUCGUGCCGAAUCACUCGAGCGAUGAACAUGAAUGGUUCAAAAAAUCGGUCGCGGGCGACAAUGACUUCAAAGACUUUUACGUUUGGCAUCCGGGGCGGGUGGUAAAUGGCACGCGUCUACCGCCAACGAAUUGGAUGAGUGUAUUUCGUGGCUCCGCUUGGCAGUGGCAUGAGACGCGCAAAGAAUACUAUUUGCAUCAAUUUCUGAGUAAGCAGCCGGACUUGAAUUAUCGUAAUCCGAAAGUGCGCGCGGCCAUGAGUGACGUAUUGCGGUUUUGGUUACGACGGGGCGUCGCUGGUUUUCGCAUCGAUGCGGUGCCGUUUGCAUUUGAAGUAGCGCCAGAUGCAAAUGGCAAUUGGCCAGAUGAGCCACGCAAUGACUGGGUUGUCGAUCCGGAUGACUACAAUUAUGUUAAACACAUCUACACCGUUGAUCAGCCGGAGACAUUGAACUUGGUGUAUGAAUGGCGUCAGGUUUUGGACGAAUUUCAGAAAGCGAACGGUGGCGAUGAACGUGUUAUGCUAACCGAAGCAUAUUCACCAAUCGACGUGGUAGUAAAGUAUUAUGGUAACGACACAGCAGAGGGUGCGCAGAUGCCUUUUAAUUUUCUCAUGAUCAGCUGGCUGUCAAAUGACUCCGAUGCCUACCACUUUGCGGAGACAGUAAAUACUUGGUUAAAGAACAUGCCGGCAGGACGUACAGCCAAUUGGGUGAUUGGCAAUCAUGAUCAAAAUCGCGUCGGCUCUCGUCUCGGCGCCGAUCGUAUUGACAUGUUGAACAUGCUGACGAAUAUUCUGCCUGGUGUUAGCAUCUCAUAUUAUGGCGAAGAGAUCGGCAUGGCUGACGUAUGGAUCUCGUGGAAUGAUACUGUGGAUCCCUCAGCUUGUCACACCAAUCCGGAUAUCUAUGAAAGGUUCUCACGUGAUCCCGAACGUACACCCUUCCAAUGGAAUGAUGCACAGAAUGCCGGUUUCAGCACAGCUAAAAAGACUUGGCUGCCAGUCGCUGACGACUACAAAACAGUGAAUGUCUUACGCGAACGCAACGAUGCGCUGAGCCAUUUGAAUAUCUACAAACAAUUGCACGCUCUGCGAAACGAAUCGACAUUGCGUCACGGUAGUGUGGAGGUAAAGGCCGUGACACAAAAUGUUUUGGCGGUGAAGCGCAUGCUCCUCAAUGAUUACACAUACGUUUUGCUAAUGAAUCUUUAUGAUUCCACGGAGGAAGUGGAUUUGAAGCGCGCAUUCGAUAAUAUACCGAAUGAGUUUGAAUAUAUUAUUGUUACCGGGAAAAGCAAAGCGAAGAGGGGUGACACUCUAAAAUCGACGGGCAUUCAAAUAUUACCGAAGGAAGCCGUGGUUUUGCGUUCUGUCACCAAAUUGACUACUACAGUGGGUUAUUUUGCAUAUUACAUGCCAAAAAAUGAUAAAAAUUAGAGCAGCGAGUUAGUUGCUAAAAGUCUGAAAUACUAAUACUAGAUAUCAAUGUUGUCAUACUGAAGAGCUUUAAAUGUUUGUAUUUCAUUAAAAAUUUUGUUAGUGUUAAGCAUCUAUUUAGUUUAUAAAUAUUAUGCAAUAUAAAGAGUGAAUAAAAUGAGUUUCUUAAAUUGUUGAUAAAGGCGUCCCCUUACGUA